GGGCGCUGCUGCCCCGGCCGGGACCCCGCCUGCUCCGCCCGCGGCUGGAGGCUGGACCGGGUCUACGGGACGUGCUUCUGCGACCAAGCCUGUCGCCUCACCGGGGACUGCUGCUUCGACUACUCCAGGGCGUGCCCAGUCCCUGCCUUCAUAACUGCCUCUGCGUUCAACAAGGAGAGAACAAGACAAGCUGCCUCCCCGCAGUGGUCCACAGACGCAGAGGAUGCCGGGUACUGCAUGGAGUUCAAGACCGAGUCGCUGACUCCCCACUGCGCCAUGGAAACCCGGCCCCUGACGCGCUGGAUGCAGUACCUGAGAGAGGGCUACACGGUGUGUGUCGGCUGCCAGCCUCCAGCCAUGAACUCCGUGAGCCUCCGCUGCUCCGGGGACGGCCUGGACUCGGAUGGAAAUCAGACUCUCCACUGGCAAGCAAUUGGCAAUCCUCGAUGUCAAGGAACUUGGAAAAAAGUUCGGCGAGUGGAUCAGUGUUCUUGUCCAGCUGUGCACAGUUUUAUAUUUAUAUAGAUCGCGAGGUAAAUAUUUCAAAGUCUGUUUGUAAACAUGCUACAUAUGAUCGUCAUGGGCAACACUUCAUAAACCUUCAGAAAUCGUAUGGCCAAGUUCCUAAACACACGUCAUUGCCACACUCUGAAGUGAGGAAGAAAACUUAGGGGCUAGCUGUCAAAAAACACAGCACCUUUAUUUUUAUUUGUACUGAGUUGAGGACCCACUCUGAAGUCUCCUGCGGUUCUAUGCCCUUGACCUUCCACGCUGAGUCCUCUCCUUCAACAGGUGGCCCAUGCGCCACAAAAUAUGUCUGUUUGCACUAGAAUUACUACAACAUGGUCCAUUUACUGGUAAGUGGUCACGUAAGGGUAUCCAUGCUUUGAAUCUUGUCUUUUUUAAUCCCUUUUCUGUAAUCUCUAAAACUUCUCGCUUUAAAAGUGUAUACAGAUAUAUGUACACUCUCACGCAUACAUUUCCCAUAUAUUAUCCCACAAAUUCUGAAAUGAUUAAUUUCAAACAAAUUGUCACAAGUAAUUUUCCACAGGACAAGUUAAGAUUUAGUAAGCAUGUUGUAAUAAAAAACCAACAGCUAUGUGAACAAUACUUUCUUUUUGAAGAAGAAAUACUGUUAAUUGAAAAGAUCAAAUGUUCAUUCUAGGUCAAUGAGUUCUCUGAAUGUUAUACUUGUCAUGAUGAGACAUUUUGGCACCAACAAAUGAAACAAUUGCUUUAAUUAUGAACGUUUUACCAUCAUUAUCAUCUAAGAUUAUUUCUAAGGCUAAAGCCUGAAGCCGACCAAGAUAAUCUUUGAGUCCAAUGUCCAGUGUCAUUAACGUUAACUCACGAUUCUUUCUAUAGUAUUCCUUUCCUUAUGUCUGCAGUAGAAGGCAGAGGAAUAUAUUACUGAAGGCUGGGAUUUGAUCACAAAUACUCUGGCCACAACAUACAUACACGUAGAGUAUUAGUUUUAUUUUAUGAUCAGGAAAUCAGUGAACCAGAGACAAGGUGGCUUGUUUAAGCAUCUGGGAUGACAAGUCAUUCUGCAACUCGGCCCCAGAGCCAGAUCCUGGCUGCUCGUCCAGAACUCGGCUGCAGUGGAAAGCUGGACUGUGCCAAAGGGGGUGCUAUAAAGGCUAAGCUCUUUUCGUUUUUGAAACAAAUCUUAAAUCCAGGACAUUUUCUUUGGAAAAUUGAAUCUCACGAUUUAAACUGUAUGAAAUUCCUUUGGUUUCAUUUGUAUAAAAUAUUAUUCACCAACAAAUGACUUACUAAAAUAGAUUAUUUCUCAGUACUUACAUGUAAUGACAGAAUGACAAUUGCAAGCUUAAUAGAGAUGGAAAAGUCUCCAAUAUUUAAUGCUGACAGUAGCAAUUUCCUGACUAAAUAUUCAUUUAACUGUACCAGUUAUUUUUAUGGUAAAUUAAAUUCUUAAGAAAUUAUUAAUUAAAAAAAUUAAAUCUCAAGGUUAAGAAUUCGAGUGUAAGUUCAUAUUAACAUUUUAAGACCAUUUCUAACAUUUGUAAAGCAAAGUUUUUGAAAAUAUACCUGGGUAAUUUUCAAUGUUACUUAAAAUUU